GGUGCGCACGGAGCGGGCGUACAGCUACACAAACCCUGCUCCGGGGGAGACCUUCGGGCGGAUCGACUACACCUCCCACUCCGUGAGCGACGACGCAUCCUACGCCCUGGGGGCCAUCGAAAGCGCCAGAAUGGACUACGGGCUCUCCACCGUGGACGGGGACGGCACGGUGCCUUUGCUGUCCUUGGGCUACAUGUGCAAAGGCGCCUGGCGGGACUUCCCGGAGCUGAACCCGGCCAACAUCAAGCCGGUGGUUCGGGAGUACAUCGACAUGUCCAGCUCCUUGUUCUCCGAUGCGCGGGGCGGCCCAAAGUCAGCCAAGCACGUGGAGAUGCUGGGAAACCAUGACAUCAUCAAGGAUGUGAUGCAUCUCGCCGCCGGGCGGGAAGACGUGCUGAGCAACGACCGCGACUACUCGCGGAUCGGAGAGAUCGCUUGGCGAGUGAGUCAGAGAAUUAGGACACAUCAAGCGACAAAAAGGCGGCGGGGAGAGACCUGGCGCUUGUCCCAGUUGCCCAGUGGAUUCCGCCCC